CUCUCCUUCUCAGAUCUGUUGCUUCUCUCUCAUCCCCGAUCUCUGAUUUCGUUGGCGGCUAUCAGUCAAUUCUCUCUCUUAGGGUUCGGGUUUCGACUUCCGAUCGAAGCAUAUAUUCGUAAGCUCUUCUUUGGAUUUCUCUCGAAAAGAUUUGACUGCAAAUUCAAGUUGAAACAAAGACAAUUCUUUGCAAUUUCGGAGGAAAACCGCCAUGGUAGCGGGUGCACAGCAACAGCCACAACCACAACAACAGCAACCGCCACUUUCUGCUGAGGAGGAGGCCCUGAAGAGAAAUACUGAUUGCGUAUACUUUCUUGCUUCGCCACUCACAUGCAAAAAGGGAGGUGAAUGUGAGUAUCGCCACAGUGAAUAUGCCCGGGUCAAUCCUAGGGACUGCUGGUACUGGUUGAAUGGUAAUUGCUUGAAUCCAAAAUGUGCUUUCCGACAUCCGCCUCUUGAUGGUCUGUUAGGAACCCAAGCAGCGCCUUCAGCGGGAUCUGCUCUACCCUCUUCACAGGCGACAGCAGUGUCUGUAACAACAGCGGCGUCUGUACCACCUGCUACCAACAACUCUAGUAAGCAGGCUGUUCCCUGCAUUUUUUUCCAAAAGGGGUAUUGCUUAAAAGGUGAUAGAUGCGCCUUCUCGCAUGGACCAAAUCCCACGACCAGUACUAAAGUCUCACAGGCUUCAGCAGUGACGCAUGGUUCUGAGCCAUCAAAUGUUAAGAAGGCUUUUGGUGGCCUUCAGAAGUGCACUCAAGAGCAAAUGUUUCCACUAGCAAGUAUCUCAAAGCCAGUUGGAGUAGCUCCUGAAGCUAAUCAUGUUCCAAAGGUUGAAAAUGCUCCACCGAGAAAUGGAGUUAGCAUUGAGAGGAGUGUGCCAUCAAGCAAGUCUUUUGACAAUGAGGCUCUCAGAUCCAAAGCAGUGAGUGCUCUUGUUAUGAAUGGAAUUUCAACGACUAGGUCAAAUCGUUCGCAUCAAGUUAAUGUAUCUGAUGAUCAUGGCUUCCAGAAUGGUAAGGAUGCUGAUGAGUUUUUGAGGGAGUCCUCUCCUGGUUUUGAUGUUCUUGUGGAUGAUGAGCUCAGAGAUCCUGAUUACUUUCAUGGUGAAGAUCAAUAUGGCAGAGCAAGAGGUCUUGAUGGAAGAAACUUGAGUUCUGUUGAUGAAUAUGACAUGGACCAGUCUGCUGGUUAUGGUUCAGCAAAUCCGCAUGGCUAUGACUCUUAUGAUCACAUGCAAGGCCAGUAUGCUUGGGAGCAGCACAGGGCUUCGUCUGAAAGAACGGUAGGUGGGGCCGCUCAAUUUGAGAGGACGGGUUAUCGCAAAUCUCAUAGUCCAGACAACAUUGAUGAGUCAGAUCUAAGGUAUCGGUUGUCCAAGCAGAGGAGAGUAAAUGGUUUGAGAUCUGUCAUCAGUCAUGAACAUGCACAUGACACUCAUGUUGAUGAACGAAAUUACAGGGGUUCUUCUCGAAGAGACUCACACCAGAUGCUGCAACAUGAGGGCCCCCUUAGUAGUCGCCUUCGAGGUAGAAUAAAGCUUCCUGGAGGAUCUUCUGUAAAUGGUGGUGAUUUGCGCCAUGACAGGGAAUUUGACAGAGGGAGGAGUCGGGGUAGAUUGUCACCAAGCAGGCCUCAAAGCUCCAUCCACCAAGGAAGGUUACGAGACAGGUUAAAAGGCAAAGUGCAGGAGGACUACAAUAGUGAGGGAAGAAUUUUCAGGGGUUUUCCCCCGGGAAGAGAAGCUACAGAUGAGGGUACUGAUUUUGCUGCCCCAAAAAAAUUGUCUGAACUGAAAGUGGGGAAGGUCACAGAAAAUAAGGAGCAUUCACACCUUGGAAAGCGGAAAAGUACGAGGAUGGAGGUUUCUCAACCACCUGAAGGCGAUCGCUCAUUUGAAGGACCAAAACCACUGAGUGAGAUUUUGAAGAGGAAGAGAGAAGCUGAAGCAGCAGGUUCUGGAAGUGCAAAAUCCAUUAGUGAAGCGCGACGCGUUUCGUCAAGUCUUGCCAAGGAAGAAGGAAAUAGCAGCGUGUUUAGCAACAAAGAAGAGUCUAAGUCUGCAACUAUUGAUGUAGUUGGGACGGAAGAUGAAAAAAUCGAGGGUCCCGACUCUCAUGCACCUGACGCCAAUGAUCUCGAGGUCGAAGACGGAAUGAUUUAUGAUGAAACUGUGGAUGAUCAGGAGCUGGAAGCUGAAGAUCAGACGCAUGGGGAGUAUGAUUUUGAGCAAGGUGAGGAGGAGGGAGAAUAUGAUGGGGAGAAUGCGGAGGAGGGUGAGGAGGAAUACUUGGAAGAUGAAGACGGUGAUGAUGACUUUGCCAAGAAGAUUGGUGUGAUGUUCUCGUGAAAGAGGGAAAAAUUCCAUGUAGAAGAAGACUUGUUGCUAUUUCCAUGGUCGUUUUGUGUGGAAAUUCAGUCAGGUGGCUCUCGUUUUAAUCCAACAGCACAGUUGCCGUGGAUUUUCUUUUGCAGAAGUAGAGAUAUCAAGGUUUUUUUUUUCUUCCUUGUUCCUAGCAAAAACAUUUUCAUUGUAUUUAAAUCUUAUUGAAUGGGGAUUUUGUUUAUGCUCGAGGAAUUUUUCUAUGCCCUCCUGUAAAAGUUGCAUGACAAGUGCACGGUUGUAACAGUAGAAAGUCAAUAAGAAGAUAGCUAUUUUACUGUUCUUA